GCCAGAUCCCACAUACUACCUGUAUCCAUACCAAGCCUCCUAUCCGCGGUACUUGUAACCGCGUACACUCCAAUAUGGUGAAGAGCGACCAAGAUGUCAUCAAGGAUUUCAACAAGACUGUCAACAUGACAGCAGACGAGCUGGAGAAAUGGCUCAAGCUAGAAGCAUCUCAGAAUUCUGGUUGGUCCAAGGAUGACGGCUCGGGGGAAAGUGUCGGACACGAGAGCGGGAGAAAAAUCAUCGCAAUCCUUCAAAAGAACCCCAAAAAGGAUCCAUCCAAAUACGACCAGGAUGACAUUGCCCACAUGAGAAAGGUCGCAGCUUACAACAAAAGACAUCUCGCUCAGGAAGAGAAGGCCAAGCAGGACACAGAGAGCAAUUCAUACAAAAGUUUGAAGAACUGGGGCCAUGAUGCCCAGAAGUCAUAGAGUCCGCAACGACAUUAGAAUUAAUUAAACGGGA